AUGGUUUACUUGGCGUUGAGGGGUGACAUUGGCUUCAGAGGUCCCCGUGGCAAAACCGGCGUGCCUGGAAUUAUGGGCAAACCUGGAUUAUCUGGAAUUUCUGGAAACAUAGGUGUUCAAGGGUUUAAGGGUCAAAAUGGACCAGUUGGAGACCAGGGACUUCCAGGACCAAAGGGCCCAAAAGGCCUCCCUGGACUUAGAGGUGAAAAAGGAAAAGAUAAAAUGAAAGGUGCAAAGGGUAGAACAGGUGGCACUGGGUUACCAGGGCCCAUUGGUCCUCAGGGGCUCAAAGGAAAUGCUGGUAUAGAGGGGGUAAAGGGUCCAAAGGGUCAAAAAGGAAAUAAGGGGGACACAGGGCCACAUGGUCCACCAGGACAACCAGGACUCUCAGGGCAUCCUGGACAACAUGGAAACAAGGGACUAAAGGGUACUGAGGGGAGCAAAGGACCAAAAGGCCUAAAGGGAAUGUGUGGGCCUCCUGGAAAGCCUGGAGCUCAUGGAAAACAAAAGUUCACUCAAAGACCCCUGAAAAAGUCCAAACCAAAAGAAGGGCCUGGAAUGAAUCCCAAGACAAGAUCCACAAAGGAAGCUGUGACUGAAGGUCAUCAAAAAUCUCACAGACGACCCAAGAUAUCACAAGUAAAUGAUCAACCCUUCAUCUGGCCACUGGGUAGUGAAAACAAUCCAGCUACAACCUGCCAUGAAUUAGGACUCAUGCAGCCGCAUCUGACUGAUGGUUAUUAUUUCAUGGACCCAAACCAUGGCUGUCCAUAUGAUGCUUUGAAAGUGUUCUGCAACUUCACGGCUGGAGGAGCAACAUGCUUGCAUCCUUUAGAGCCACAGGUAAAAUACUGA